AUGAUGGCUAACUCGAAGUAUGCAUCAACGCGGGAAACCACCAACCUUGCUCGUGUAGCCCGCAUUAUAUUGGGUCCUUGUACUGAUGUUCUCUGUGAUGUUCUCAAGAAAGAGAUUCCCCCGUCAACACUGUCACAGAUGUUUACGGCAUAUUUAGCUAAUUUACCUAAACGAAAACAACCUCCAAUUACCAAAGAACAAGAAAGGAUCAUACUCAAUGGAAACUACUCAGACUUUGAUAUAACUUUAUUCUAUUUUCUGUUGCGGAAUAUAUCCAACCUUCCACCUCAUGCAAAACAAUGGGGAAAUGAACCAAUCCUAUGUGACAGGAGUGUGUCAGCAAACAUUGAAAGAAUUCGAUUGAUAAGAAACAAGUACGGGCAUUGUAGAGAUAUAUCAAUUUCCGACACCGAUUUCAAUAAGAAAGUUCUAGAAAUUUCCAGCAUUAUUCAGGAUUUGGAAAAGUACCUACGCAUAUCAACCAUUUAUCAGAACGCAGUUGUUAAGAUCACAAAAUGCUCUAUGGAUCCUGAACAGGAAUCUAAAUACAUCAAAGAGUUGCAGAAUUUGGAUACAAAAAUUCAUGAUAUUUCAGAGAGAACAAAAAGAAUUGAAAAAAGAUGUGUUCCCGAGAAUGUAAAAGCUUUAUAUGAAAGGGAUAUUUCAAAGUGGAAAGAGGAUGACAGAGUGUUUUUAGAAACCCACAACUUCCCAGUGAUGCUAGAGCAAGUCAGAUCACAACCAUACGUAACGUUUGUCGGUGUUCCAGGCUCCGGUAAAACGGCAACAGCCCGUCAUAUUGCUCUAAUACUGCAAAAGGAAGGGUAUGAAAUUUUUCCAAUCAAGGAAAUAAACAAGAUUGAAGAUUAUAGUAACCAAAACAUUCCACAGGUGUUUGUAAUCGAUGAUGUCCUUGGAGUUUUUGGAGUAAACGAACACGAACUUCAUAUGAUUAAUAAAUACAGCGAAAGACUUAAAGAUCCAAUCAAUCGAAAAACGAAAACCCUUGUGACGUGUCGUGAGGCAGUUUUUAGAAAUGAAUUGGUAUCCGACUGUGUUCUGGUUAAAGGAAAGAAUACGGUUCUUUUACAAAGUAAAGAAAACACAUUAAACGAUGACGACAAACAAGAAUUACUUGAAAAAUAUUCUUUAGAUAGAGAUUUUUUGACCUCGGACAAUUUGGCAUCAUCCUCAAGCAUGUUCCCUCUUUUAUGUAAACUCUUUUCAAGCGAACCGAAGUUGAAAGUUUAUGGAAAUUCUUUUUUCAUAUCACCUAUUGAAUGUAUCCUGAAGGAAUUGGACUCACUGAGAAUACAUAACAAGCACCAGUAUGUCUCGUUAGUUUUACUUAUGGCUAAUAAAAACAAACUGUCAGAAAAAAUGUUAGAUAAUGGCAAUAAUGCAGCUAAGGAGACAAUGGAAGACAAUUCGUUUGCUGAGAUGAAAUGCAGCAUUCUAAGAACAUGUAAAGUGCCAUCUACAACAGAUAACUUUCAAUUGAUCAAUGCCUUGUCAGAAAUGAAGGGAACCUACACAAAGAAAAAUGACGAUGAAUUUACUUUUAUUCACGACUCCAUGUUUGAAAUUAUCGCAUAUCAUUUUGGUCGUAAAUAUCCAGAACUGAUUUUGCAAUACGCGAGUAGUAAGUACAUUGCUAGUUAUGUCAAACUAGAUAAAGAUAACUCUAGAAAAAGGAAAAGAGAGGAAGAAUGCGAAGAAGAUAAAGAAAGUGAAGAUAAAAAACGCAUCCAAACAAGUCAUGAAAGUGAGACUAUCAUCGACUUAAGUAUAAAACUGCAUGAGCCCCAAUAUUCAAUGCUAGCUGAUCGUCUGUUCAAAGACGUAUAUAAUGGCGAAUUUUAUGACGUGUUCGGUAACGAAGCUUUGAAAACUCCAUCUGUGUUCCAAAAGUUCAUUGCAUUAUUGAACAAGAAGUCGUAUAAUGAUUUAUACACUUUACUUAUAUCUGAGCUAAACAACGCCUCUGAAGUAGAUACAUGGAACUAUGAACCUAAAAAAUAUGGUGAUGAGGAAAAGAAACACACAAGAUUGGGCAUGUUUGAAUAUGAUUUUCUUAUAAAUGAUACAAUCAUCGAACGUAGGCAUGGCAGAUUAUAUCCUUAUAUGAGCUGUCUCAAGGGAAUACAAUGGGUUAUUAUUUUUGGACAUUAUAAAAUUCUUCAGUAUAUUUUAGAUCAAAUGAUUCAAACAAAUGGAAACAUUAUUGACCUGUUUCUCAGUCGCUACAAUGAAGACCACCAAAGUUAUUCAUUUAUAAACCAGACAAACAUUGAUAAUAACGUUAACAGUAGUUGCAGUGACCAAGAUGAUGAUGAAGCUAGUUUUAUAGAUAGUGACUCAAAUAGUGACAUAAUUUGUGACACGUAUGAUGAACCAUUUUUUGUUGAGCAAUGUCGCCUGCUUUGUCUCGGUUGUUAUUCUGGCGAUCUUGAUACUGUGCAAAUAUUACUCAAACAUGUCAAUACAGACGCUCUCAAUAACAGGGUUUGGCCUUCAGGCAUGGUAUACUUUGAAAAAAAUCCAUUAAUUAUUGCUUGCAAAUAUGGAUAUCUAGAUAUUGUCAUGGCACUGUUAGAAGCUGGAGCUAAUAUCAAUAUGUGCGUUGACUUUGAAACACCUUUAAUAGCUGCGUGUGAAAAUGGACAGCAAAGCACAGUAAGAGAAUUAUUGAAAUCGGGUGCUAGUGUCAAUAAAAAAAGUGUUUUAAUUUCACCAUUACAGUCUGCAUGUCAGGAAGGACACGCACUUAUAGUUGAAGAGCUGAUAAAAGCAGGAGCUGAUAUCAAUCUGAACGCCCCCAUAAUAAAUGCUUGCAAAGAAAAUCAUUUGUGCAUUGUUGAAAAAUUGAUAACAACAGGUGUUGAUCUCAAUAUUUCUUUGAACUCUGAAUCACCACUAUUAGCUGCAUGUAAAAAGGGGCAUUUUAGCAUAGUCAAAGAGCUGUUAUCAGCGGGGGUUGAGGUAAAUAAAAAACAUGAAGGGAAAACACCGCUUAUUGCUGCAUGUGAUGGCGGUUAUUUUGAUAUUUUGAAAUUGCUGAUUAAAGCAGGUGCUCAGAUCGAUCCAAAUGAUAAAGAUAAAACUACACUUAACUUUCCCUGUUAUUGGAGCCAUUUGAGUAUAACCAAAAGGUUAAUCGAAAUGGAGUCAAAAGUCGAUCUGAAUAACACAAACGAAAGAUCAUUUAUAGUUGAGUGUUUUCGUGGACAUUUAGAAGAUGUUAAAGAAAUGAUCAAACGUGGGGCUGCUGUCAAUAUCACGGAAGAAGAUAAAACACCGCUUAUAGUUGCCUGCUACAAAGCUCAUAUUCACGUAGUUAAUGAACUGAUAGAAGCGGGUGCCGAUGUCAAUAUAUGCAAUGAAUUUAUUUCACCUCUGCAAGUUGCCUGUUAUGAAGGACAUUUGAAUAUAGUCAAAGAAUUUAAGAAAGCAAAGUUUGACGGCUAUGAAAUUUCCAAUGUUGGAAACGCUUUAAUGGGUGCAUGCUUUUUUGGACAUAUGGGUGUAGUUAAAGAAUUAAUUGAAUGUCAAGUUGACGUCAAUCAGAUACAUAGAAACGAAACUCCGCUAUCAACUACAAGUUAUAUGGGACAUUUAAACAUUUUGAAAGAGUUGAUAAAAGCAGGGGCUGAUGUCAAUCUUAGCAACGGAAAUGGGACACCUCUGAUAUUUGCAAGCUAUCGUGGACAUAUCGAUAUAGUCGAAGAGUUAAUAAAAGAGGGGGCUGAUGUCAAUCAAAAAGAUUGCAACAAAUCACCCUUAACAGCUGCAUGUGAGGGAAGACAUAUACGUGUGAUCGAAGCGUUGGUAAUUGCGGGGGCUAAUGUCAAUCAAAGCGAUGGAUAUAAAACACCUCUAGCAGCUGCAUGUCAAGAAAAUGUUUCUUUGGUGAUUAAAAAGUUAAUAAAUCCCGAUACUGAUGUCAAUUCCUGCGUUAAUAACAAAACGCCACUAACAAUGGCAUGUGAAAGAGGCCAUGCCUUUGUGGUCGCAGAGUUGAUUGGUGCUGGGGCGGAUUUUAAUCAAAGCGACGGAAAUAAAACACCAUUAACAGCGGCAUGUGAACAAGGACAUUUGCUUGUGGUCUUAUUUUUGAUAAAUAGUGGGGUUGAUGUCAACCAAAGUGAUGGAAGCAAAACACCACUAACAUCAGCAUGUGAGUUAGGAGAUUUGGACAUAGUCAAAAUGCUGAUAAAAGCGGGUGCUGAUGUCAACCAAGGCGACGGAAACAAAGCACCACUGACAGCUGCGUGUGAUGGAGAUAAUUGGGAUGUGAUCAAAGAGUUGAUGAAGGCGGACGUUGAUGUCAAUCAAAGGGAUGAAAACAAAAAACCACUAACAGCUGAACGUGCUAUCAAUUGUUCAUUCAGAUUUGACCUUGACAAUUUAACCUUUGAUGGUUAAUAUAAAAAUUAAAGUGACAAAGAAAAACCAUGUCCAUGUUAGUGAAAUUAAGUUGCAAUGAUUGAAUUUAUAUACUCGAGAAAUUUAAUCCAAAUAUUCAAUAAAACAAAUAUGUCAGAAUAUUUGCAA